AUGGCUCUCAAAGUUAUAUGUAGGUGGCAAUCAACAAAGAGCACACUGAAAGAGAAGUCGACACCAUGCUGGAUACCCUGCGACUGGAAUAAACACCGGAUAGGGAGGCUAGAACCGAUCUAUGCCAUCGAGGACCUGCAGGCGUAUGUCCGCAAAGUUUAUGGUCUGGGUGUACAUUCUCUGCAGGAUGCAGCGCAGUACUACUCAUACACAUCCCGCUAUCUUGACAGCCACCAAACGUCGACCUCGCCGAGAGGGUUGUCUCCCAUCGAGAGAGAGCAAUCACGGAAUUGGUCGAGGAAAGAGAUCCUCAGGACAAGACCCGAUUACACGCUGUGGACAAAAGACUUGAAGCAAAAUUUACAUUUGAAAUGCAGCGUCAAGAAGGCCCGGUCUGCUGCAGACACCAAAAACUCAAACCAGCGAAACCGGCUGAUUCCUUUGCACUCAAUUAUCGGCAACUUGUUGAAGAAGUUAUCCUUCAGCAAUGCGUAUUUGGUUCUGGAUCGAGCAGAAUGUAUGAGGUUUCGGGAUACAGUCUUGGGAUGUCUGCUGGAUCUCAUGAAAUCGUGUCCUCCCGGGUUGAAGAUACUGAUCGUUGGCCAGGCUUUCGAUGACAGCUGCUUAUCUAGAAAAGAUGAUUACAAUGAGUCCCCGAUAUUAUUAAACUUCAACAAGAUAACCGGCCAUGUCAAUGUGGCGAAUGCUCAAGACCCGUUAAACGUCAUACAAAAUAGCGCAAUCGUACCGGGUUUUCCGGCACAUUGGACCCCUUUUUUCAAAGUCGUUGUCGGGAGGGCUGGAUGCUUGAAGGAGAGAGAGAGCGAGCGAGUCCCGCUCAUUCGGCCACCAGUGCUCCCUCCAAAAGCAGAUUCUUAUGUUCGUCAAGUUGUGCCAUGGCUGGCAAUCAGUAGUAAGGUCAAAAAGAACCAUGGCGAUGGUGGCAAACGUCCCCCCAAGAAGGAGGGGAUCUACCGUUGUCAAAUGCUGUCAAAUCAAAUUGAUGAAGAUUCGAAGACGCAAUUCUUCGUCUUCUCAAUUGAUGUUUCCAUGAACGAUAACCUUUCAAACUACUAA